AUGGGCCUUCUCACACUCCUUCGCAAGCUCAAAAAGAGCGAAACAGAGCCGCGCAUGUUGAUUCUGGGUCUCGAUAAUGCUGGCAAGACUUCAAUUCUCCGCAAGCUGUCCGAUGAAGACCCUACCACCACCCAGGCGACUCAAGGAUUCAACAUCAAAUCCAUCAACUGCGAUGGCUUUAAGCUGAACAUGUGGGAUAUUGGUGGUCAAAAGGCGAUUCGCACGUACUGGCCAAACUACUACGAUGAAGUGGACUGCCUGAUUUACGUCGUCGAUGCUGCCGAUCGGCGUCGACUCGAGGAGACGGCGGCCGAACUCGACGCGCUUCUGCAGGAGGAAAAGCUCCGGGAGGCUCCUGUACUUAUUUUCUCCAACAAGUGUGACCUCGCCACUGCGCUGUCCCCGGAAAGUGUAAGCACAGCACUCAAUCUGCACUGCUUGCGUGACCGCACGUGGUCUAUCCAGAAGUGCAGCGCGAAAUCCGGCGAAGGCCUGCAUGAAGGACUGGAGUGGGCGGUGAAGAACCUUAAGCCCAAGUGA